CGCCGUCUGCGCCCUUCAUUCUGAUUGGCCAGAGGCGCAGUUACCAUGGGGAUACUGUAGCAACCGCACGUGCACUCCGCCCUUUUUACCAUAUAUGGUCAGUUUUGGCCCCGUUUGUAGCUUCUGAUUGGUGGACGCUUUUUUUCCGUCACCGUUUGAGAAGUCCUGAUAGAAAUUUGUCACUGUUUUCCAAGCGCGCAAAUUAAAGGUACUGGCGCCCAAGAAGCUUGUUUGUUUUGAUUUAUUUGAAAUAUUCAUAAACAUUAUAAAACGAGACGAGAAGGAGCCGCGGCUAACGGUCGACACCUCGAGAAACGACAGAUUAAGGACGCAGAUAAGGGCUGGUAAAACCCACCAUCGCUAUAAUAAGAGUGAUCAUGGUGCUGAGUGAGAGCGACGCGGGGAAGAGUCUGACUGCGGCGGCGGCGAGGGGAGACACGGCGGAGGUGCGCAGGCUGCUGGAGGAGAGCCGCGUUCACCCUGACACCAGGAAUGAGUUCAACAAGACAGCCUUACAGGUCAUGAUGAUGGGUAACACCAAUGUUGCUUGCCUGCUGCUGGAGAAUGGUGCCGACCCGAACAUCCAGGACCGCUUCGGGAUCACACCGGCCCAUGACGCUGCCCGGACAGGUUUUUUGGACACUUUGUGUGUCCUGGUUGAUUAUGGCGCAUCAGUCAACAUUCCCGAUCAGUCCGGGGCUCUGCCCAUCCACAUUGCCAUCCGAGAGGGCUACAGAGACGUGGUGGAGUUCCUGGCACCGCGUUCGAACCUCGGCCACCAGGACACGCGGGGAGACACGGCGCUGGACAUCGCAAAGGCCUCGUGCACGCCGGGCAUGGUGGAGCUGCUGAAACGGCAGCUGGAAUCCUCCCUGGCUUUCCAAUCUUAGAAAUUCUGGAUUUAGUUGUGAAUUCUAAGCCACUCUAAAGUGCUAGGAGUCCACAAAGAACUUUUUCUCAUGUACAGGACUAGGUUACAUUACUACAGUACUAUGUUUAUUUUAGUUUAUUUCGUUGUUCAGUUAGACAGUUAAUACUAGAUGAAGAAUGUAGCAGCAGUUUUGCACAGAGCAAAGAUCUGCAGUCGGAAACGAGGAUUGCGUUUCGUUUACCGUCAAUUCGGGAGUUUGCCAUGCACAAUUGUAGAACAGCUCUUUUUUCAUCCUUUUAUAACCGAAGUUACAUUUACUGCACGGGUCUGUGUAGAAAACUUGAACUGUUAACCAUUUUUUUUAAAAAAAGAAAUCUCAUGAAAUUAUUGUUGCCUUUUCUCACUUAGUGAGACUGUGCAGCAUGCACUGAUGAACUUGCAUGAU